CAGAAAGGCAACGGACAGAUGCUCCUCACAACGCACAGCAGAGACUUCUCCAUAGAGACCAGUCAGGCAGGAGAUACUGGAGGCUAAAGCGGCUGGACAGUGGAUGAACUGACUAGACUGGACAAUGGUCAGAGCACACGCAGGAAAUCAGAAUAGUGAUCCUCGGUAUUUAAGGAGGGUUACAGCAGCCUUGGAGUAGCACUAGGCAGUAAGAGCUGGAGACGGAGCAGUCUGUUCUCUACGAGGCUACAGUAAGCCCAGUUACACAAAUAAGGGGACAUCACCUGUUGCAGUGUGGGUCUAGGGUAACUUUGAUGUGUGUUAUACGCUGUGGAACACUGAGACAUAGAGAUGACUGGAGCCCUCCUGUCUGGGCUUCUGCUCUGUUGCAUAGUGGUGCUGUGUGAAUGUGAGCCAACACAACCGGGGCCAGACAAAGGAGAGAUGGACUCAGGUGAGGGCAGUCUGGUCCAUCAAACAUCAGACUGGGUGUUCCAGCUGGUCAACGUAUCCCUGGACCUCUCCCAGGCAGAGAGCUUCUGCAGCGGCCAGUUCAGCUCCCUCACCACCCUGGGCCAGCCUGAAGAUGAGGAGGGAACCCUGGCGCUCCAGAGGCGGGCAGGCCUGCAUGGACCCAUGUGGGUCAGGGACCCCAACAGACCAAUGAGCAGGCCUCUGGCACUAGCCAAACAGUACAUGCUCUUCCAAGCCCUGAAAUUUCCCAGGGAUUCUCAGGAGGGCUACGGUCGUGUCAACAUGAUGUUCCCGGCCCUGCCAGCGGUGAGCGUGUGUGUCCGCGUGCAGUGGGACCCCCAGUGGGACCAGGUGUCCACCAUGUACUCCUACGCCGCACCUGUCUUCACCAAUGAGUUCCAGCUGCGCGGGCAGGUGGACAGAACAGGACGCAUACUGCUGGCGCUCAUUGUCCACGGGCAGCACUUCCCCUACAAGGCCUCCUUCCUCAACGAUGGGGCCUGGCACCACCUCUGUGUUACUUGGCGCAAGGCUGACGGCCACUGGGCCAUCUAUGUGGACGGGGAGAGAGGGGCCAUGGGCUCCAGGACUAACACCCCCAGGGACAUACAUGGAAAGGGCAUACUUAUCCUGGGGCAGGACCAGGACUCAUUUGGAGGGAACUUCACUGAACCCUUCGUAGGGAAUAUCACAGAUCUGAAUGUCUGGGACACAUCCUUGGAGCAGAGGCAGUUCCGUGCCCUGGACGGCUGCUCACCUUUGACCCAGAAAGCUAUCUUUACCUGGAGUAUUGAUAAUAUGACCCGUCACCCAGUGGUAAAAGAGGUGUCAGCCAAUCUGUUCUGCCCAGGGGUCCACAGGCAGAGGGAGAUGCAGGGCUGCAGGGCUCUAGAGGGCUGGUCUAGCCAACAGCUCCCCUUGUACAGCUCUGCAGACUGCUCCACCACACUCCCCUUCAUCUGCAGGACCAGCAGGGAGCGCUAUGUUAAGAUGAAGGGGUUGAGUGAGUUACAGAGCUCCCAUCCCAGUCCCUUCAUGAACCUCCUCAUGCAGCUCUCCAAUGGAACACAGGGUGUGGAGGGUGUGAUUGGGGAGCAGUCAGGGGGUCAGAUGAGCUGGGGUCAGGUGUCCAGUCUGCUCAACAUGUCCAGGCAGGCCCUGGAAGACACCAAAGAGGGGCUGCAGCCUAGAGACAUGCUGUCCCUGGUCCAACUGCUAGUGCGGGCUGCAGACGUGCCCACAGACAUGGCCACGGAGGGGAACCACAGCCGGGCCACCAACAGCGCUGGGGAGCUCAGCCACACCUUCAUCACUGUGGCUGACAGCAUCAUCAGCCAGGACAACGUCCCCAAGUGGCAGGCCAUCAAACAGGUGGUGAGUGGACCGAUGACUGUGGUCAGGAGUAUUGACCGCAUGGUGACCAGUCUGAGCACUCGGCUGAUGGCAGAAACCGAUCAUCUGCUCAUUCACAGCUCCAGCAUCAAGCUGGAGGUCCAGCAGAAGCGUCUGGGAGAGGAAUCCAGUGGGUCUAAGUUCUGUGGUCCAGUGGUGGACAGCAAAACCAACAUAGACUGCAUCUCAGUCCCCACACAGAACAUGCAGGAUCUCCAUGACAACGGCUUCCAGAUGGUGACUGUGGUGAACACGUGGUACAGUUCCCUGCGGCCUCUCUUCAACUCAGAAGAGAACAUCACCAUGUUUCCCAUCGUCACCGAUGGCAUCCAGAGGUACCUGGGCACCAUCCUGGGCUCUUCUGUCAUCUCUACUACAAUCCUGGGUGACGGACAGCCUGUCAGCAUGGCUGUACGCUUCCAGCUCCAACACAGAGCUCGGAAUCCUGUAGGGACCGUGUAUGACCCAGUCUGUGCAUUCUGGGACUUUGAUCUGAUGCCAGAGGCAGGGGGGUGGUGGUCUACUAGAGGAUGUGAGGUCAUCUCUAAACAAUACGACUCCACUGUCUGCUUCUGCAACCACACCACCAACUUUGCCCUGCUGAUGCAAGUCUAUGAAGUCCAGAGGAGCCCAGAGAAUGAAAAAGCCCUCCAGGUGAUGACGUUCAUUGGCUGUGGAGUGUCCCUGUGUGGCCUACUCUUCACCUUCAUCCUCUUCAUUGCUGUAGGAGUUCCUAAGUCUGACCGCACCACUGUCCAUAAGAACCUGAUCGUGGCUCUGGGAAUAGCUGAGCUGCUGCUAAUGUGCAGUGACUGGGCCUCUGCUAACGAGGGGGCGUGUCUGGUGGUGACAGCCCUGCUGCACUUUUUCUUCAUGGCCUCCUUCUCCUGGAUGCUGGUGGAGGGGCUGCUGCUGUGGAGUAAGGUGGUGUCUGUCAACAUCAGCGAGGACCGGAGGAUGAAGAUGUACUAUUCCAUCGGCUGGGGUCUACCUGUUGUGAUUGUUGGUGUAACCUUGACGAUAUCCUUGGACAAGUACAAAGCAGACAAUCACUGCUGGCUCAAUGUGGAGACUGAUAUGAUUUGGGCUUUUGUGGGACCUGUUCUAUUUAUCUUGGUUGUCAAUGCAGUGGUGCUUUGCCGGGUAGUCAUAGUGACAGUGUCCAGCGCUCGUCGUCGCGCAAAGAUGCUCACUCCCAGUUCUGCAUCUAAACUCCAUACCUUCGACCUGACCUGGGCUGUGACGCGACCAGUCCUUAUUCUCCUUCCAGUGCUGGGCCUUACCUGGCUGUGUGGAGUCCUGGUGCACCUAUCCAUGAUGGUGGCCUAUGUCUUCAUCGCUCUCAAUGCUUUCCAGGGCCUGUACAUAUUCCUGGUGUAUGCGGUUUACAAUAGCGAGGUAUGUUUUCUAAGAACUCUGUUUCAGCGGGGCUUCUUUCUCUCAGAAUGCAGUUGUCUAUCUGUGGCAUGCCAACCAUUUGACAAUGCCAAACACGUUAGUGGCAGCACUGAGUACUGA